UCUAAUAUUUAUUUUUGCUCAAAUAAAUAAUAUUUAUAUAUUAUUUUGAUCUUUUUAAUGUGGUAUAUUAAACUAACCACUGCCACUUAACAACAAUAUUUUUAAUAUUUAUUUUUUUAAAUAAUUGAUAAAUUUUGCCAACUCAUUUCGCAAUAAUUUUAGCUUGUUAUAUAUAUGGAUGAUUAUCUGGACAUUCCAUCUGAAGGUUCUUCGUUAGACAACUCAUCCACUGAUUCCGAAGAUGAUUAUGAAUCGGAUACACGUUACCAAAUUGAUAGUGAUGAUUAUGAAUCGGAUACACCUUAUCAAAUUGAAAUUGAUGACAAUUCUGAACAAGAUGCGUAUGAUCAAUCUGCUACAAACCAUAAUAAUCCUAUCUGGUCCAAGAAAUAUUCUUCACAACCAGCAUUAGAAUUUGAUAAAAUAUCAGGUCCAAUAUCAUCUUUAAAAACGGACCCAUUGUAUCCAUCAGAUAUAUAUAAGAAAUUUAUUAAUGAUUCUCUAAUAAAUACAAUUACAUUCAAUACCAAUUUAUAUGCCCAACAAAAAAAUAUUAAAUAUCAACCAACUAAUCCUACAGAAAUAAGAAAAUUUUUAUGUCUUCAUAUACUCUUUGGAAUUAAAACUAUGGCAAAUUACAAAGAUUAUUGGAGUUCUAAACCAGAAUUCCAUGACAAUUUUGUUUCAUCCAUAAUGAAAGUAAAACGUUUUAUUUGGCUUAUGGCCCACAUCCAUAUAAAUGACAAUAUCUUAGAACCAUCGAGAAAUGAUGAAAAUUAUGAUAAAUUAUACAAAAUAAGACCAUUCAUUGAUAAUAUCCGUUCCUCUUGCUUGAAAUAUUUUCUUCCCUCGGAAUAUCAAGCAAUUGACGAAGGAAUGAUUAGGUUCAAAGGCCGUAUAGGAUUUAGGCAAUACAUGCCUAAGAAACCCACGAAACGCGGUUUCAAGGUUUGGAUGAGAUGCGAUAAUUCAGGAUAUAUGAAUGAUUUUAAUAUCUAUGUUGGGAAAAAUAAAGAGGUUGAAAGUAAUCUUGGUUAUAAUGUUGUAACAAAGUUUUGUGAAGGACUUCAAAAUCAUAAAAUAUUUUUCGAUAAUUAUUUUACGAGUUAUACUCUAAUGGCCGAUUUAAAAAAGAAAGGUAUAUAUGCUAGCGGAACACUAAACAAAAAUAGGAGAUACUUGCCCAUAAAGAAUAUGGAAACAAAAUUAAAAAGAGGUGAGUUUGACUGGAGAAGUGACAAAAAUAAUAUAAGUAUAAUUAAAUGGCGAGAUAAUCGUGACGUAUUUAUAAUGUCCAAUUAUAUUGAUCCGAGAUCAGUGGAUACUGUGAAGAGAAAAAAUAAAAAAGGGGAAGUUUUUGACGUAAAAUGUCCAAUAAUGAUAAAGAUGUAUAAUAAAUAUAUGGGGUCUAUUGACCAUUUCGACCAUUUAAAGUCUUUAUAUGAAAUUUCGCGAAAGUGGCGAAAAUGGUGGCUACCAAUAUUCUUUUGGCUGAUAGAUGCGGCGAUUAUCAAUUCAUUCAUAAUAUACAAUAUUCUUACAGAUAAUAAACUCUCAUCGAAAGAAUUCCGAAGACAAAUAAUUGCUAGCGAAUUGGCAUACUCAUAUCUUGGGGAAAAUAUGUUAGCUGUUGAAAAUAUUUGGAUACCUGACAAAUGUUAUAAAUUUCCAUUGCCCUUGGGCAAAAGAAAUUUAACCUUUCAAGCAUCCUGGCUUAACAAAUAUAAGUGGCUUGCUUACUCAGCCGAUGAAAAGGGCGCAUUUUGUAAAGUUUGCGUCAUAUUUUCCCCAAGAUAUGCUGGAAAUGGGUUACAAAAACUCAAAACAUUGCUUUUUGAAAGCUCCUCUAAAAAUGCUACUUACCUAAGUCCCACUAUUCAAAAUGAAAUAAUAUCAAUAUGCAAUCAGUUUAUAUUAAAGGAAGUUUCUUCAAAAGUCAAAGCAUCACCAUUUUUUAGUGUUUUGGCGGAUGAAACUUCCGAUAUUGGUAAUAUUGAACAACUAUCCAUAGCAAUAAGGUUUAUUGAUAUGGAAUCAGGUAAUUAUAAAAUGAAGGAACUAUUUGUUCAAUUUAUUGAAUUACCUGACACUAAGUCAGAAACGAUAGCUAAUCAAAUUAUUAAAUCACUUCAAAACCUGGAUUUAAAUUUAAAUCUACUGAGAGGCCAAGGGUACGAUGGAGCUCCCUCGAUGAGUGGCCAUGUUAAAACUGUCCAGUCAAGAAUUAGAGAGCUUUAUAGCACAGCUCUUUAUGUUCACUGCAGUUCACAUUGCCUGAAUUUGAUGAUAACUGAGGCAUGUGAAAUUAGAGACAUCCGGAACAGUUUACGUAAAAAGAUUUUGAUUUAA